AUGCUUACAAUACAAUUUGGACAAUGCGGAAAUCAAUUAGGACAUACGUUAUUCUCAGAAAUAUCAACUGAUAUGGAAUGUGUAAAUACUGGUGUAUCAUAUAAAACUAAUUAUCAAUACGUAGAAGAUACAUUUAAUAGAUGGUUUAGUGGUAUAUCUAAAAGUAAUGACCGUUUAGCAAGAGCAAUUCUUAUAGAUACAGAACAAAAGGUCAUAAAUAAAAUUUAUAAUAAUAAAAAUAAUUCAUGGACAUAUUCAACGAAAAAUGUAAUUUGUCAAGCUGGAGGAGGUUGUGCAAAUAAUUGGGCAUUUGGUUAUUUAGUAAAAGGUUAUGAAUUAAGUGAUGUAAUAUUAAAUUGUAUAAGGCAAGAAAUAGAAAAAUUAGAUCAUUUUGAUGGAUUUCUUUUAUUAUUAAGUUCUGCAGGUGGAACAGGAUCUGGUAUUGGAAGUUAUAUUACAAAAUUAUUACAUGAGGAAUAUAAUAAAAAACCAAUUCUUAAUACAACAAUAUUACCAUUUUCAUUUGGUGAAGUAUGUACACAAAAUUAUAAUACAUUAUUAACUUUAGCAAAACUUUAUAAUGAAAGUGAUAUAAAUAUUUUAUUUGAAAAUGAACAAAUAUAUAAUAUAUGUACUAGUUUAUUAAAAAAAUCAUCUAUAAAUCUACAAGAUAUGAAUAAAGUUAUUUCAGAAAAAUUAUUAGCUACAUUUCAACCAGUAAAUUAUGAAAAACAUAAUAUAAAUUCAUUAUUAUCUCAAAUAGCAUGUCAUCCUUCAUACAAAAUAGCAAUAAUAAAAAGUACUCCACAUAUACCGGUAACAUCUACAAGCUAUGAACCAAUAUAUAAUUGGAAUUCAUAUAUCCAUCAUUUAAAGCAAACACUUAGAAUAUCAAAUUUAAAUUCUCAGUUAACUAAUGUUGAAUUAAAAAUUCCAUCUAAUUUAUUAAGUAAUACCAUACAUCAUACAUAUGCUACUUCAGUAUCAAAUGUUUUAAUAACACGUGGAACAAUGUUAGAACAGGAUCUUAUAAUGAAAAAUAUACUUAAAGAAAAACAUUUAUAUGCAAACUGGAAUACAAUUGAUUGGUUUACUCAUUUACAUCAAAAUCGAAAAUUUUUAAAUCAUGAUAAAUUUCUUGCUUUAAUAACCAAUAAUUCUCAAAUUUCCUAUUCUCUAGAUAUAUUUUUAAAUAAAACUUGGAAAUCUUAUAUUCAUUCUGCAUUUUUACAUCAAUAUAAACAAUUUGGUUUAGAAGAGGAUGAUUUUCUACAAGCAUUUUCAGUACUUGAAAAUGUUGUAAAAGAAUAUAAAGAAUUAAUCUCUCAUACAAAUUAAUAAUAAAUUAUAAUUCAAUUAAAUUUUUCAUUUU